GCAUUACUUUUAUGCGCGACAUAUGUACGUCACCAUGGCUCGCCACGCCUCCUAGGCAGCUACGUGAUUUCAUAGUCUCACGAGAUUAUACUUGUGACGUGUGGGUUAGAUGGCCGUCAGGAGCCGAGGAUCAGGAUAUUUGAACGGUGUUGCGGGACAUUUAAACAGCAUUCGGGGGCAGAGAAAACUGGGACUGUGCCGCGGAAAGCGGGGCUAUUGGUCGGCAUGAAGGGUCAGCUGAACAGGCAGCCGGCGUAUUUAUAUAUCAGAUUAAAAAGCAGCCGACUAGCCUUAAGUCACCCCGCUUUGUGCUAACAGCCUUACAUCUAAACUAUCCCUUUGGAAUCAUUUGCAGCAUUCUAAGGAGACUGACCCUGUAACCCCCCAUGUUAUACGUGUCAGUAUUCUAAGAGCUGCCAGCCCAGCCGGUAUUGAGUGUUUAGUGGCUGAUUGGGUGGGGGGGAAGGGUCAGCAAUGCUUCUAGGGAGCUGUUUUCUGACGUACGAGGACUUUAAUAAAAGGUUUAUCUCCUAUAAAAAUGACACCAAGAGCAACUACAGCAUCCACAGCAGCACCUCUGUACUGGAACACAAUGAAUCCCAAGGAGCCUGUGUGCGGGAAGAUGUCAUAUUCGCCCAUUUAAAAUUUUGUUGUUCACGGAGGCAGGAAAAUCCAUGCCCAGCUUACUUUGUUCUGCAGUAUGACGAGAAACUGGAUUGCCUAGUGAUAAAGGAUGAGGACUCUGAUCAUGUCCACACUGAGGAGCUUUCCAAUGAAACAGAAUCUCUUUCUGAAAAAUCUGAGCCGCUGCCCAAGAAACUGUGCAGUGAGAAGCUAUUUUCAGCUUGCACAGAUGAGAAUACAGUACAGGUCUGUGUAAAUAUGGAGGAUCUGUCAGAUCUAGAUGACUGCCAUGGUGGUUCAGUCAAUGAGACUGACAGUUUAGAGAAUGCUGUCUUGGGGGAUGCUGUCACGAACUUGACCCAACUGAUGAACACAUUUUUGUCUGAAGAUACAGGUGCCAAGGCUACUAUGACCAUUGGGAGUCGUCAGGAACUGGAGCAUUUGGGUUUCCAGACCAGUAAAAUGGGUGGUUUGUUUGAAAAGUAUCCAGAGAGUCUUGUGCUACAUAGGGUCACUAUCAAAUCUGGUUAUAUCCUCUAUGCUUUCCUGGUUGAGACCAAAGAGCGUGGCACAAAAGUAGUCCACUUCGCCUUUAUCAGAAGGGAAAAUACAAACACCUUGCACAAAAUGUUAACCGUCUUUCAAGACUUCAACGCAGAAUGGCUAAAAGUAAAAGUAAUCUUUACGCAAAUAGCUUUUGGCCACACGGCCCUUCUGAAAGAGAGUUUUCCUUUUGCACAGGUUCUGCUGUCAGUGUAUCACAUGACUCGUUUGAUUGAGCGAAAGAUCAGAGGACCUGCUACAACCAAGGAGUGGCUUCAGAAAUAUUUAGAUGAUGCUAUAUACAACACAUCUCCAGAGAAGCUGUCGCUUCUUGCGGAAAAGCUGCAGGGCAGAGUGGCGAAAGAGCUGUACGACUUCCUGGGCACUCACUGGUUUUCCUGUGAAAUGCUUUGGUACAUGCAUGUAAAAAAGGGCUUGCAUUCAUGCAGCACCUACAUGGAUAGUCUGGAUGUUGUCACCAAAAAAAUAGGCUGUUUGCUGGACAAACAGAGCUCGAUAGAAUCAGGUAUCCAGAAGUUUGUGGAAAAUGCAGACUGUUUCAACAGCAAAGUAUUAGGGAACCACAGAGAUGGUUCCUUGGGCUUUGUCAGGCAGAGCCCCAGAAAAUCAAACAAAAACAAGAAAGUGAUUCAAAAUAAAAAAACGUUACCUUCGCCACCAAAAGUCUCUUCACCCAAGCCUUUAGGAAUCAUUGACACAGCACUGAAUGUUAAGAAAGAAGAAGAUGCUUCCCCAAAUGACUGUCCCGUUGAGCAAUAUGACAGAAAAUCUCCCCCAUGCUCCUCCAGCAUUUUGAGCAGAUGGUUAGUGCAACAGGAAAUCUCCAAGCAGGGAGAUAAAGAAACUGCAAAAAAGUUUAUGGCCCACAAAAUUGCGCCAGCUCAAAAGGGUCAAGCCAGACCUCUGAAUGCACCAGAUACCAUGGCUUCAGCGUUGUGGGAGCACUGCAAUCGUCUCGGCUUCCAGCUUUGCAUGAAGGAGUGGGAGUUGGUGAAAGGGGCCACGCAUCUUAUUAGUGCAAAGAGCAACUAUAUCGCUGUCCAGAUUCUAGAACAACCACAGCAGAUCAGUAUUGGUUGCCGUUCUUGCACCUGCUACUUCAGUGGACGCUACCAGCUGCCAUGUCGGCACAUCCUGAGUAUGCUAUAUGGAAGCAAGAAGCCUGUGGAAUUAGCCAUGGUCUCUGGCAGCUUGCAAAAGAAAUACAUUCAGCCCUUGUGUGGUUUGAAGGUCUGGAACAGGUUAUUGCACUAUGCUAAUAAUGAGGAAGAAGUAAAGGAAAGACAUUGCAAGAUUCGGACUCUCACAAAGGAACUCUCAAAUCUCCUCUUACAGUGCGGAACCCCUGAAUUGAAGGCCAGGUGCUGUACUUUGAAAAACAUGAUAUACAGGUGGAGUACACAGUCUAAAACAGAUGUCAGUCAGGAUCAUGUUGAAAUUAACACUGUAAGACCUCCCUAUCAGUGGGUGAAGAAAGAACCCUCAGAGGGAGAAGAGGAUUACGGUUGUCGGGAACUGUGUAGAUUGGAUUUUCACCCAUCUCAGAGCUAAAGCACAAACGACUACUGAGACAUGAAAGUAAUUGUUAAUGUGAUCUCUGUACUUACCUCAUGCCUUCAGUGAACUGUGUGUCUGGGCCUUAAUAUUUGUGUCUAUAAACCAACAAUGCCGAAAAUGUAUUUAUUGUAAGAAAAUAAAUCUUUUUGUACAUAUCCUUUUAA